CGGCACUUCCGGUGUGCAAGAGAACUUCCGUCAUCAACACAAACAUCUAGUGGCUAGCGAUUACUAGCUGAUGAUUUCUUUUUACACUACACACCUAAGAUAUACCAGUUUCACAUAUUAAACUCGUUUGGACAGUUGUCUGUUUGUCAGCAUGAACUCUGGUGUGGAGCGCAGGGGCAUCAGCAUCCAGCAGUCAGAUCUGAUGUGUAAGAGAGGAUGCGGCUUCUACGGUAACACUGUCUGGGAGGGUCUCUGUUCCAAAUGCUGGCAUGAAGAAAAUCACUGUGCCAAAAAUAAACAGAUUGAGGAUGAUCGAGCUUUGGCUGAGAGAUUACAGAGGGAAGAAGAGGCAGCGUACGCCAGCGGCCACCAGGGGGCGCAAACACAGACCACCAGCACAUCAUCCAAAACCGUGCCCAUGGUGAAGAGACUUUUUGCCUCAGCUCCCAAAACACCUGCGAGGAGAGAUGCUGCAGGUUCCAGGAGUUCUUCAAUCAGUAAGCAGCCCAGCGUUGAGUGUGAUCAUGUGACACAACACUUUGUCGACUUUCUGAAGACCCUGCCAAAACCUGCGUAUGACAUCUUCAAAAGGUGUCAUGCCUUCACAGAAAAUAUUGCACAUAAAAAGGUCUUGGUUUGUGAAGAUUUCUCAGAAUCGGUGCAGGACUUCUAUCAAAACAUGUCAGAGUAUCUGCACACCAACUUGAAAGGGUCGUCUGAUCAGCGUGAGAUGGUGAUGGGUGAGGUUGAGCGUUAUGUGAUGGGUCGUCUGUAUGAACAGCUCUUCUGUCCUGAACACACAGAUGAUAAGAAGAAGGAUCUGGCCAUGCAGAAGAGAAUCGGUGCUUUGCACUGGGUGUCUAUUGAGAUGUUGUGUGUGCCGGUAGAUGAGAAGCUUCCAAAAGUUUCAGACAGUGUGGAGAGAGCCAUGACAGACCUGAUCGACAUGGACUCUAAACGGGUGCCAAAGGAGAAGCUGGCAUGUGUCACCAGGUGUAGCAAACACAUCCUUACAGCCGUUCAGUGUAGUCAAAAAGCUGCCGCCUCAGCAGAUGAUUUUCUACCGACUCUUGUCUACAUCAUCCUGAAGGCCAAUCCACCACGCUUACACUCCAACAUCCAGUACGUCACACGCUUCUGUAUGCCCAGCCGUCUCAUGAGCGGAGAGGACGGGUAUUACUUCACUAACCUGUGCUGCGCGGUGGCGUUCAUCGAGAAGAUGGAUGCACAGGCUCUGAACCUGAGCUGUGAAGACUUUGAGCGCUACAUGACCGGCGGGGAAUCUCCACAGCGCCCGCUGGGCCUCAGGGCUUCUUCCUCACAGAAUGGCUUCACAGAAGAGCCCGGCGCUGGCAUGCCAUCAGGGCUUCGGCGGGAACGGAGAAAGGAAGAGAGAUGUGACCUUGAAACUGAUCUCAUCCAGUGGAAGGAUGGACAGGUACUCUCUGGGUUUGGAGUCUUGGAAGAGCCGCCUGUGAGGACACAGACCUCCAGCAUCUUCACUAUUGACUCUGAUAAUGUCGAGGGCGACAGUCUGCCUCCUCCACUACAGCCACAGAAGUUUGGCUAGAUCCGCAGUUAUAUUUCCGUCUGUGAGCAAUCAGGGGUUUCUGUACAUGUGAUACUCUCAAUUCAGACACUGACAACACUCAAGUAUCUCUCAUAUGAUUGAUGUCAGAUUCUCCCCUAACAUCAAAAGAAAUGAAACUCCCGAGUAGAUCUUCAUUCUAUUUCUUGUGUUAUAGUGGGUAUGGUUUAUAUAUCUUUUGCACAGUAUUUCGCCUUUAGAAAGGUGACUGAAAUACACAGUAUAAUUUAUUGGCGUUAAUAAUAGAGAUUAUAAUAAUCUCAGUUACUUUUUUACAUUCUCUUUGCAUCUUCAUUACUUGGCUGAUCAUUAUUUUCAGCAUUAUAGCUAAAACCGCAGAUAUGGGGCAGUGUAAAGGUUUGCUAUUACACUUGAAUGAUUUAAAGCACGAUGAAGAGAAGAAGAAAAGUAACUUUGUUAUUGUUGAAUAAUAUAUGAUAUUUAUUUACUGUUUAUAUAACUUUUAAGGAAAAGAAGUUACAGUAUGAAAAUCAAAUUUAUGAAUAAAUUGGAGAGUUAUUUAUUUGAAACAUACUGUUUGUUGUAUGCAGAGGUGUGUUACUAUUGCAUGCGUGCAUUGUCCAUUUGUAUUGUGUGAAGCCAUAAAUGUGAUUUAAAAUAUGAGAAAUUAAAUCAUUAAAUGAAGAGAAUUAAAAGAAA